ACGUCUAUGGCCUAACAGAUUAUAUCAUAUAGUAGCUAUGGUUGCUGAAAUUUUUUUGUCCUUUAAACUGGGUUUAGCUAAUCGGCUAACUGAAUCUGUCAGAAACAGAAAUAGUAUAUUGUUUGUUGGAGGAAAAAUAACAACAGUAACAAUAAAGAAAUGAUUGCCGGGAAGUCAAAGAGGUGAAUCAACUAACAUCGGUAACAAGGAGUUGACUAACAUCGGUAACAAUCAGAAUACCUUAUUCUUAUGCAUGAGUUAGGUAAAUCAUAACGAGUAACUAUUGCAAUCAAUUACUCUCUCCAAAUCCAUUAAGAUAUCCAUUCCAUUAAGAUAGUAGAAGUUUUAGAAGAAAAAAAUUGUUUCACAAAGAUUAGUUUUUUUAUAUUUUUUAUAUAAAAAUUGUAAAUUUCAAUAAAAUUAAUUGAAUUUAUUAAAAGAAUAUUGAUUAAAAACAUUAGAAUUUAAUAAUUUUUUAAAAAGAUGCAUAAUUAAUGUAUUUUUUUAAUAUAUAUGAAAACACAAAAAAAUAUCUAUUUUUAAAGAACGGGAGAAGUAACAAAUAGUAAAGAAUAGUAUUUCAGCAAUCUUUCACCUCAAACGUACUCAUGAAUUAGCUUAACUUUUGGAGGCACUUCAAAGCAAGAUCAUAACCACAACCAAGAAAUAAAUUGUAAUACUCGUUCCAGAGGAUAAUCAUGCAACUAUCUUUGAUAUUGGACUCAGAACUAAACAUCUUAGGUUUUGAUGAAUAUAAUGACUCGAGUUGUUCUCCCAAGAUUAUUCGGAUGUAAUUAAACGUAUGUUAUCACACAGAUAUAACUAUCUAAUUUUGAAAUUGCUUUUGUUAUUGAAACUAAUUAUGUACUGUAUACAACUGUAGUUGUUCAUGAAAUGUUCUUAAACACAUUUUCAUUAUGCUUCUUCGUUACUAACCUUCAUUUUGUUUGUGUGCAAAUGUUUAUAAGGUUAGGAGAAGAUUGGGUAAGACAUGUUUUUAUUUUGGUAAGACAUAUUGACGUGUUGAAAAUAUAGUAAACGUUUGUUAUGGACUUGUGCUUCAAACAAGUCCAGCUUUAAGGCGAUGCAUGAAUUUUGGUUGAUCUACUAAAUGUAAAAAACGUAAAUGGACACACAUCCUUAAUUUGAUUGGAAUUGUCGAGAACUGAACUUAAAAAAAUUAAUAUCUUCUUCUUAGCCCAAAGAAAAAACAAUGGAUAUGAGGAUCAAUACAUUGGUGUGCCUUCGAUGGAUGAGUGGUGAUCCAUUGUCGACACUGAUUUUGAGUUAUUUAACAUGGUCAUGUAGUGGGUCAAUAUUGUUUCUUUAUUAGAAAUCAAUAUGCUAGUAUCAUCUCGAAUCAGCUUAUUUUUGCUUUAUUUUUACUUUUUAAUGCUCCUUUCAAAAAAAUUCUUCUACUCCAGCGGUGAGAAUAUCACGAGACUUUCCAUGGGAUGUUUUGCAAUCUCGGGUCAGAAAAUAAAUUGAGUUUAAUUUUGGUGAUAUGGGAGAGUAUAAAACGUGUUAAAAUCCUAUAUUAACGGAAAAUGAUGUCUGAAAUAUCAUGCAAUAUAAGCUAUAUGCAUGUGAUGAAGUUAAGCAAAAGAAUCUUAUGUAUUGAUGGCUUUAACGCCAAUGGUAGACUGUGGCGAACUGGCGAUUAUUUAAUUUGUAGCAAACUCGAGAAUCCUAUUAUUAAGAAUAAGAUGCUUAUUUUACUCUGUGAUAUUUUGACAUACCUCCCUUUUAUUAAAGUAGAGGUAGCAAUGAGGUUAUACUAGUAUUCAUUAUUCAAUAUUAUAAUAUCUUUCCAAUAAUUAUGAUAUGAUGCUGAUUUGCCAUUGUUUUGUUCUCUGCUUAGACACCUCUUUGUAGAUUUGGUUCAUCAGUAAUCAUCGACAUCUAUAAAAGAGACAUUUGAAUAUCUUGCUAGUUUCUAAACAGUUUUAUAUACUUUUUACUAAUAUCAAUCAUCUCAAUUUUAGUAAUUGGUUAAAUGUUUCAAUCAUAUCAAUAGUUACUUGUUUUUUUUCUUUUAAUAUGAAGCAAUUUUGAAGAAAUCGAUUGUAAUUUCUAAGUUUCCUAAUGCUAUUGAUUAUUAUCCUGACAAAUUCUUUAUGUUUAUAUUGGUCUUGGAAGUACUAUAUUAGUUUUAAUUAUAAUCAACUAAGGUGGUUUUCCGUUGAAGAUAGUACUUAGGUUUGUAAGUUGCAACACCCACCUACCGACCAACCUAGACUCCAUAAAUGCAUUUUUAUCAUUGUCGUCUUCACAGUUUAGUGGAAAAAAUUUAGUAACGCCAAACACAGAAUUUAGCAACGAUCAGUCACAUGAAAGCAAACAGAGAAAUUUGGCGACAGUUGAUACUUGAUCGACUGUCUCCUUUGCCGUUCCACGCCAUUACUCUAAAUAUCUCAACAAUCUCAUGUCUCCACUAGUUAGUGAAACUCAAAACGACAAAGACACCGAACCAGGUCCGACUCUUCACUCAAAACAAGAAGCAGUUUUUUCUUUGUCAACGAAAUAGGAUCUAUGUCUAGUUGUGCAUGUUGGCUGGUUGAAUAUUUAAUGGACUCUUAUAUAGGCCCAACAAAACUACAUUGAUUUUAUAGUUGUUUUACUCUCUCUUUUUUUUUGUCAACGAUACUUGUUUUACUUUUUAACAACUUUUUCUAAUAAGAAAAUCAAAUAAUAACUAAACGUCAGCGCAAUUGUGACAUUAAAAAAUGUUGAAUUAGUUUAAAUUAGAAUAUUCCGUAUGUUUUCCUUCCAAUAAAAUAUAAUUCUUUUAAAGUAGAUAAGUAAAAAAAAGGCAACAAACUCUCAACAUAGGUUGUUAACUGAGUCCUAUUGAAAGAGCAAAUCAAAGCGUUAAACACUUGAGCCUUAAUUAAUUUUAUGAAAAAUGUAUAAUACAAGUAGCAUUAAAAAUUAAUAUGAUUACCGAAACGAACCUUUAGAAUACGUGGACCGGAUCCAAGCCCAUUCUCCACCCACUAUCUUUUAAAUCCUUACCUAGUUCGGACCCUAUUUAUUCUCUCCCAUCAUCUUAUUUCUCGUUCUUCGUAACAAAACAUCUUCUUCAAAAAUUUCAAGAAUCUCAAGAUCGACGAUAAUGUACAAUGAAUGCACAUCUCCGUCCUCCGCCAGAUCAGCGAGAGGCCACAGAAUGCGAUCUCCGAUCUGCUGUUUAGGAGCCGCCGCCAACGCGGUGGUUGACCCUGAGGCGAUGACCGGUCAGAGAACGCCUAAAUCUCCUUACGAGUGGCUCAAAUCCACCGCGCUGGAGCUCGAGAUCAGAGACAGGUGCCGCCGCGUCAAGACGCGCAUCAAGGUCACGUGCCGCAACAACAAUUGCGUUCACCACCAUCAUCAACGGCACCACAGCCAAGGAUCUCCUGGAGAUUUCAGCUACGAUGCGUUGAGCUACGCGCUCAAUUUCGAGGACGAUGUGAGGGCGGACGAGGAUGGUUCUUAUCCGGAUUUCACGGCGAGGUUGCCGGCGUCUCCGGUGGCGAAGUCUAGAUCGGCGACGGUUGAUCUUAUCUCGUUCUAACCGUUUGUGUGCGACGGCGGAAUAUAUAAAUGUUUUCUCCGUUGUGCUUUUAUUUGAGAAAUUGUUUAACAAUAUGACGUCAUUAUUAUAAAAGUAAAUGCUCUCGCAUAUUUGAUUGAUUGAUUAAAUGUAAUAUGAUUGAUGUGUGAAGAAAAAAAAACAUUUUCUAUAUA